AUGAAGUGUCAACCAAUUAUUGUGUUCUUAAUUAUUGGUUUCGUUUUUGGAAGUUACACUCAAGCAUGCACUUUCUUCGCUGAAGGACGGUAUAAGCAUCAAACUGGUGACGAAUCUGGUGGCUGUUUCGGUUUUGAUAAGACUGAUGCUAUAAAGAAAAUCAGAGUCAGUAAUCCUGGAACUAGAUAUAAACUUUUUGCUAACACCGGCUGUAAAGGAAUUGUUGUUGCUACGGGACAUGAUACAACUAGAUUUAAUCCGGCGAUAAAAUUCGGUUCAGUCAAAUUAACUUGUCCCGAACAAUGUAUACCUGCAACAGUCACCACAGCGUUACCAGUGUCCACCACAAGCAUGUUUCCCGACUGCACAUUUACUGCCACUUCUACUGUUAAUUGUCCCGGUAAUAGCGGACAUACAGUUCGCAACAACAAUUGCCCAACUGUUACUUGUACCCUUGCAGAGACUACGUGCCUCUUUAUCCCCCCCCCCUAA